CUUUCUCUCUCUCUCUCUCCCCCCAUUUCCUCUCGGACCAGCCCCGCCGGCCGGCGGUUCGAUUUCUUUCCAUCACGCCGCCUUGUCCUACUCAAUCACAGACUCCGAUUCCGAGCGGGAUUUCCUCCCUGUAGCGUUCGCCUUGUUGCUGGGCUGAUGUCAAUAUAUAUACACACAGAGAGAUCGAUGGGGAGAAGAGAACAAUAAGAGGAAAAACAUCUUAGUACCCCUGAUUUCUCAAAUAGGUCGUGCCAUGGGGCAGCUGGAUCUCAUACAUCGGGAGCAGCGGGAGCAGCGGUUUCGCCAAAUCCAGAUCCGCGAUGGAUCCACCUCUUCAUUGGCCAUAAGGAAGGAGUCGCCUUGCCUACCAGAUGAAGAUUUCCAUGAUGGCAAAAGAAGGGGAUAUUCAGGGACGGAGCUUUCAGAGGACAUUUGGUGUCAUAUACAUUCCCUAAUGACACCGCGAGACGCUGCCCGUGCUGCCUGCGUGUCUCGUGCCUUUCUAUGCUCCUGGAGAUGCUAUCCCAACCUCAUAUUCAACACCAAAAUAAUGGGCAUGUUGCAGGACAGAGGUUUCACCCACAGAGUUGAUGACAUUUUGAAAAAACACUCGGGCAUCGGUGUGAAGACAUUCGAGCUAGAUUUCUCCCGUUGCGGCAAGCCCAAGGUCUAUGAAUAUCUCCAAGGGUGGCUUCAGAUAGCGGUUACACCAGGCAUCGAAAAACUUACCCUUGUGAUGCCUGAGGACGAAGCUGUCAGCUUCCCUUGCCCUGUUUUGUCUGAUGAGAAUGGAAGCUCGAUCCGGUAUCUUCACCUUGUUCACUGUGCCUUCCGUCCUACAGAUAACCUUGGUUGCUUGAGAAACCUGACGGAACUACAUUUUGAUUGGGUUCGAAUCACGGGGGACGAGUUAGGGUGCCUUCUUUCCAGCUGUGUUGCUUUGGAGCGGUUGAAACUCACUAGAUGCCCCGAGAUAACUCACAUGAAGAUACCUUCCUGGCUGCAGCGGCUCAGCUACCUGCAGGUGUUAGAGUGCCAAAGACUGCGGAUGCUAAGGAAUGAAGCUCCAAACAUUUAUAGUUUUCACUUUAAAGGUGACCGAGUAGAGGUCUCACUGGGAGAGUCAUUGCGAUUGAAGAACCUACAUAUGAUAUGUUACCGCUUCCUCCAUUAUGUACGCGAAGAGCUUCCGUUCAGUGUACCGAAUCUUGAAACUCUUAGAAUACGUUCACAUAGUGAGUUGGUCAAUACAACUAUGGCGUUCCACCCUAGCAAGUUCCUCCACUUGAAGCACGUGGGUAUCUGUAUUAUUGGGGCCUAUGAUUAUUUUUCUCUGGUUUCUUUUCUUGAUGCAGCUCCUUUAUUGGAGACAUUCGACCUACGUGUAGUGGCAUUUCAACAUACCAUCGGUGAAUUGCUUUCUGACAAUCCCUCGCAGCUACAGCAGAUGGCAGGAUACCAUCAUGACAAGCUCCAGAGAGUGAAGAUAUCUAGAUUCUACUCUUGGAAGAGCUUGGUUGAGCUGACGUGCCAUAUUCUCGAGAAUUCAUCAUCACUCCAGCGCCUUACAUUGGACACCACCGAUGAUCGGUUUGAUGCUGCUACUAGUAAGUGUUCUUAUAACAGAUCAGACAAAUGCUCCUUCUUGGCUAAACCCAUGUACGCCCAUAAAUCAGUCUUGGCAAUCAGAAAACACAUCAAGGGGAAAGUUCCCUCUACAGUUCAGCUAGAUGUUGUGGAGCCUUGCAGCCGGUGCUACCCUGUUGAACUAUAGUAUGACACUAGAAGCUGUGGUGAUCAAGGCUCUUUUCUUCCAGUACCCUAGUAUUAGGUGUCCUGUUUUCUUUACAUCGAGGAAUGUUGCUUUCAGUCCAGGCCCAUGUACUGGGUCGUAAACAACCAUAUGAAUAUCCAUAUGGAUAUCGAUACCUAAUAAUAAAGUAUGUACUGUUUCUUCCCGUCCAA